AUGGUCAAACCAUUGACCUUCAAAGGCGACAAGCCCAAGAAACGCAAACACCGUCCCGCAGACCCCUACACCACCACACCCCCCACCAAAAGAACCUCCACAGCAACAUCACCACCACCGCAAUCACAAACCGAAGACGCCGAAAACUCCGCCGAAGACACCAGCUGGGUCUCCGCCGACACAGCCUCCGACCUUGCAGGCCCCGUCCUUCUCGUCCUCCCCUCCGACCCCCCGACUUGCAUCGCCUGCGACGCCAACGGCAAGGUCUUUGCCAGCGCGCUCGAAAACCUCGUUGAAAGUGAUCCUGCCACCGCGGAGCCCCACGAUGUUCGCCAGGUGUGGGUUGCGACGAGGGUAGCUGGUACUGAAGCGAUCAGUUUCAAGGGACACCAUGGAAAAUACCUAAGCAGCGACUCCCACGGUAUUCUCUCCUCCACAGCCUCCGCCAUCGCGCUCCCGGAAUCCUUCCUCGUCAUCCCCUCGCCUGAAAUCGGCGGCGCCUUCGCCUUGCAGACUUCUUCGGCGGGCGACGGCAUCACCGACGAUACUUUUGUCUGUGCGCGGGAGGCCCCCUCCGCGAAGACGGCGUCCGGGACGACCGUUGACAUCCGCGGUGAUGCGACGGCGCUGUCGUUUGAGACGACUAUCCGGAUCCGUAUGCAGGCGCGCUUCAAGCCGCGCAUCAAGCUGAGUAAGGAGGUGAAGGCGCGUGAGAAGGUCAGUCGGAAGGAGUUGGAGGAGGCUGUGGGGAGGCGGUUGGACGAUGACGAGGUGAAGAGGUUGAGGAGGUCGCGGAGGGAGGGCAAUUAUCAUGAGGAGUUGCUGGAUGUUAAGGUUAAGGGGAAGCAUGAUAAAUUUGCUUGA